UCUUUCUCACUUCUCAGCCGCAACACUCUCCCUCUCAACUCCCUCUCCCUCAUGCUCCCUCUCUCACUCAACGACGCUCAAGGGUUUUGGAAACCAGACAAACAGCACGAUCAGCGAACGAUCGUGGGUAUUGGGAAAACGGUGGGGGCUUGGGGGCCGGUCAUGGGCAAAUGAUAGGGGCUCGAGGGUCUUGGGUGGCUUGGUCUCGUGGAGGGGUCGUGGGUGGCUCAGUCUCGCAGAGGGGUCGAACCAUGGGGCUACGGGGAGAGGUGGUGGCGAUGAUGGAGCACAUCUUAAUGGGGCUUUCUACGUGCAACAAACUUAUUUUGUUGAUUGAUAAAGUACCAUGGUUGAUUGGUGGAGAAGGUGUGCGGACAGAACUGAGUUUACCAAAUGUAGAAAAAACAAUUGGCUCAGUUUCAGAGCUUACAGAAGAUGAAGCUGAAGAUCGCUUGCAAGAUGCUAUUCAGGAAAAGUUUGCUGUUUUUGGGGAUGUAUGUGCUUUUGAUGAUAACUUGUUCAUGUUGCAGAGAACUGAUUACUUAUAAAUGUAAUAUUUGUCUUUCUAAUAUGUAAAUU